AUGUCCCAUGUCGAAGACGUCAAGCAGCCUGUCGAGGCUGGGUCCGAGCCUGUCAGUGCUCAGAAAGCCGUCGUCCAGGAAGCACAAGCAGCUGCCGAAGUCGAGCAUGAGCUGGGCUUGUUGAAAUCCAUCAAGCAAUACCCCAAAGCGAUAUGUUGGUCUGUCCUUCUGUCGACUGCGAUCAUUAUGGAAGGCUACGAUCUGCUGUUGAUGGGGUCAUUUUACGCCCAGCCUCCAUUCCAAAAAAGAUACGGGAAACAGCUUGAAGAUGGCACAUACCAGAUACCUGCGCCCUGGCAAUCUGGCCUGUCAAACGGUGCCUCAGCUGGAUCGAUCAUCGGCCUCAUGUUCAAUGGAUAUCUCUCCGAGCGAUUCGGAUUCAAAAGGACAAUGCUCGGGGCUCUUGCUCUAAUCACCGCGCUCAUCUUUAUUCCGUUCUUCGCUCCUAGCCUGGAGGUCCUCGUGGUCGGUCAGGUCUUGAUGGGGAUUCCUUGGGGUAUUUUCCAGACACUCACAACGGCGUAUGCGGCCGAGGUAACACCAACACAUCUCAGAGCUUAUCUCACAACAUAUGUCAAUCUGUGCUGGGUCUUUGGUCAGCUCCUUGCAUCGGGCAUACUGCGUGCUAUGCUAACACGGGAUGACCAAUGGGCAUACCGAAUUCCUUUUGCACUUCAGUGGAUUUGGCCCAUCCCGCUGAUCGUCGGUAUUUCUUUCGCUCCUGAUUCACCAUGGUGGCUCGUCAGGCGAAAUCGCAUCAGCGAUGCGAGAGCGGCACUUGCUCGGCUCACAUCAAACAAUGGAGCUGUCGAUCUUGACAAAGCCAUUACUUUGAUGGUAUACACGACUGAGCAUGAGAAGGAGCUGGGCACCGGCACCUCAUACCUCUCUCUCUUUAAAGGAAUCGACCGUCGCAGAACGAUCAUCGCCUGUGGUUGUUGGCUGAUCCAAACCUUAUCCGGAUCCAGUUUUCGGACAUACUCGACCUACUUCUACAAGCAGGCUGGGCUGCCGACAGACCAGGCUUUCAACAUGGCAAUCGGCCAAUAUGCGCUGGGUAUUGUGGGUGUGAUCUGCGCGUGGUUCCUUCUCCCUCGAUUCGGCCGCAGAACCUUUUACGUCGUCGGUCUUCUCUGUAUGACAGGCCUGCUCUUCAUCAUCGGGAUCCUAGGAGCGGUGUCCAACCCACCGACAACAAGUAUUGCAUGGACAGUGGGGUCCUUGCUGUUGGUGUACACGUUCUUCUACGACAUUUCUGUCGGACCCGUCUGCUACAGCCUGGUCUCUGAGAUCCCCUCGGUACGACUCCGCAGCAAGUCCAUUGUCCUUGCUCGAGCAUCAUACAACUGCCUGAACAUUGUGACAGGCGUGAUAACGCCCUAUAUGCUCAAUCCUGGAGCGUGGAAUUGGGGAGCAAAAACCGGAUUCUUCUAUGGCUGCACAUGUCUGCUGAGCCUUGUCUUCACAUUCUUCUGCAUUCCCGAACCCAAAGGCCGUACUUUUGCGGAGCUCGACAUCCUCUUCCAGAAGAAGACCCCUGCGAGAAAUUUCGCGACGACGCCUGUAAAUCUCUACGAAGCGGCUGUUGUCGAAAAGUACGAAAGGGAGUGA